AAAAUCCUUAACGGCUUUGUAAUCCAAUUCGUUAUGACGUGUAGUAAAAGUUGUUGUUGAGCCGACUUCAAUUAAACCACAAGCAACAAUAAACUAUGUUUUAAUAACAUAAAUUGACAACAAAAGACAACAAACAAUAGCGCAGCAUAGAACACGUCAUAUCACCUGGAAGCCAAUUGGAAAGCAACAGCCGCAGCCAAUCGCCAUGAAAAUACCCGAGAAAAGCCGCUUUUUAAUUUACGCCUUGGGAAUAUUCUUUUGCUAUUUUCUGUAUGGCAUUGUCCAAGAGAAAAUAACGCGUGGACGUUAUGGCCAACAGGCCAAUGAGGAUGGCACGGUGGGUGAGAAGUUUACCUAUGCCCUGGCUUUGGUGUGGGUCCAGUGUUUAUGUAAUUUCAUUUUUGCCAAAGGUAUGUUGACAGUCAAACCCCAAAAGGAAGACACCACCCCCAGAAGUUAUUAUGCCGUCAGUGCAUUGACUUACCUUUUGGCCAUGGUCUCUUCAAAUAUGGCUUUGCGUUGGGUGCCAUAUCCUACCCAAGUUGUGGGUAAAUCUGCCAAGCCCAUACCGGUUAUGAUACUGGGAGUGUUGAUUGGACGUAAAUCAUAUAGCUGGAUACGUUAUGCUUGUGUUUUGACAAUUGUUGUGGGUGUUGUCCUGUUCAUGUACAAAGAAAGCAAGGCGCCGGCAGUGGUUGCCACCGAUAAGACUGGAUUGGGUGAAUUACUGUUGAUUCUUAGUUUGUCCAUGGAUGGCUUAACUGGUGCGGUGCAAGAACGUAUGCGUUCCUCCAGUGCCCCAUCGGGACAACAAAUGAUGUUUGCCAUGAAUUUCUGGAGUACUCUGAUGUUGGGAUUUGCCAUGAUUGUGACAGGUGAAGGCAAGGAAUUUAUCCACUUUGCCAGCCGUCAUCCCGAACUCUGGGGCCACAUGGCCAUGUUGGCUUUCUGUGGCGGCCUUGGCCAACUGUUUAUUUUCCUUAUGGUAUCCGGUUUUGGUCCCUUGGCCUGCUCCGUGGUAACAACUACCCGUAAAUUCUUCACUGUCCUCUGCUCCGUUGUGAUUUUCGGCAAUGUCUUACUGCCACGUCAAUGGUUUGGUGCUGUUUUGGUAUUUGCCGGUCUCUUUGCCGACAUGUUCUAUGGCAAAAAGCCACCAGCCGCAACUAAGAAACCCCUGGCCAAAGACACGGAGGAGAAGAAAAAAUUAAUAUCAUAGAAUUUAUUUGUGAUCCACCAUAGUCCUGGUGAUGACAAGUCUGACCACAAGGAUGCAUAUUAGUGUAAUUGAUCUUUUUCUACUAUUUAACAAAAAUAUUUCCAAACAAUUUUUUUACAUAUUUAUAUUCUAGACCAAAUGAUGAUCUGUACAUUUUGUUGUUUUGUUGAAUUCUUUUUUUUAUAAUAUUUUUUUGUAUAAAGUUCAAAUUAAGCAGCAUAGAAAGCGACAAAAACUGCAAAUAUUUUAUGAAUUUAAGAACAACAAAAAAAAAACUAUACAAAUCAAUGUAUUUUAAUAGAUAAGACAACAAUAAGAAACUAAUAAAUAAUUGUAUUAGCAGAUAAAAUAAAUUCUAGUACAUU